AGCCCUGUUAGGUCAAUGGGAGUUGGCUGCGGGCGCGCGCCUCACAGGCUCGUGUGGGUCUCGCGCCGGGUGGGCGGUUUAACCGUCGCUCUCGCGGCUCCGACGCCAUUUUGCUCUCGCUCCUUCAGGCGAGGCGGCCGGCCGGGCUGGCCUGAGGGGACUGCCGGCCCGCUGCACUAUGGAGCCCUGCCCGAGAGGAGACCUCAACGCCGCCAGGAGAUCCCGAGCUUCCGCAGGCAGCAGCUGGAUUCCGGCGCCGGAGAAGCGGCCGGGCCGCAGGGAGCGCUGAGGAGCCCCGCUAUGGAGCCGAGGAAGCGGGAGCAGGCAAGCCCCGGGCUCGGCCAGGCCAGCUCCCGGUUAGGACUCACCUGGCUGAAGCUCGGCCCCUGUCCCCCGGCUCCUGACGUCGCGGCCCAGCCCCAGCUCAGCGCCCCCUUCUCCUGGCUGCGGCUCUUCUCGCAGCUGCUUUCCCCGCUGCCCGGUCUCCUCCACCGGCUGCUGCCCGGCCAGGGGCUGAGCAGCGCCCUGUGCCCCGCGGCGGGGGAGCCUCCCGCCGGGGCAUCUCAGGCCGCGAAUCUUCUGCUGCUGUCCGAGGCCAGCGCCUCACUGAGCUGGGCCGACGGGCAGCUGCACGGCGCCCCGGAGAUGCGCCGGAAGAAUAGCCUGGAGCCUGCCCAGCCGCUGUGGGGAGCUGGGCUGGUGCGGAGCGGCCUGGCCCCGCUCAGUGUCCGGCAAGUGGACCUGGUCUCCUAUAUGCUGGGCCCCGGCGGCAGUCUGGGGUCCGGCUACGGCCAAGCCUGCUGCACCGACAAGAGCCACCUGCCCCAGCCCUUGAGCGCCGAGCUCCCCGCGGACGGCUGGCGGGGACCCCCAUCGCGGGAGGGGCUGCCAGAAAUCCAGCACCUCCGCACCAAGCGCCUGGAGUUCCUCCAGCAGCAGCAGCAGCUGGCGACUAAUUGCUUGGCCGUGCCUGACCCGGACCAUGGCUACCACAGCCUGGAGGAGGAACAGCAGCACAGGGGUAACAGCCAAGAGGCUGGGAUGCUGAGAGGCCCUGAGGAAGUGCCUGAGCACAGCAUAGUGGGGCAAGCUGGAGACAGCCCCCUAGAACAGGAGGUAUGGCGUCCUGAGAAGGAGGCAAGUGAGGAAGCGCCCAUCUCGGAAGAGGAUGAAGAUGAGGAUUCUGAUAUAGAGCAAGACCUGCCAGUGUCAUCCAGGCCUGCCUGUGCUAACAAACUGAUAGACUACAUUAUCAGGGGCAGUUCCAGUGGAGAGGAAAGUUCAGAGGGUGAGGAAGACUGGGAUGGGGAUGAUGAUGGGUUUGAUAGCGAGGGGUCCCUCUCAGAUUCAGACUCUACUAGCCAGGAUAGUGAGAGCCAGCACCUCUGGAACUCCUUCUGCAGUUUGGAUCCUUACAAUCCUCAGAACUUUACAGCUGCCAUUCGAACUGCUAAUAAUUCAGAGAAGGUUUUGUCUGGUGAGUCAUAUGUAGAGGAGGAUUCUUCAUGGGCCGAAAGCCUUCCUGGCUCUCCUGCCCUCAGUUCUGAAGAGGAUGAUGAAUGGGAGUGUAAUAGUGCAGAUGAGGAAGAUAAUUUGAAACUUUGGAACUCAUUCUGUAACUCAGAUGAUCCCUAUAACCCUUUCAAUUUCAAGGCACCAUUUCAAACUGCAAAAAAGAAAGGGAAGCAUGACUUAGAAGGAGCAUCAGGGCUGUGUAUGGUCAGCUCUCAGUGCAAUCUCUUAUUCACCUGUCAGGUGCAGCUGCUGGAGAACCAUAACUGUGGGGUCUCAGAUAUUGUGCAGCAUGGCAUUCUUUUUGGAGAGAAACAUACAAGUACCAAGAGAAAAAAGGUAACAUUCCUUGAAGAAGUUACUGAGUAUUAUGUAAGCAGUGAAGAAGAUCGGAAAGGACCCUGGGAAGAACUUGCACGGGAUGGAUGCAGGUUCCAGAAACGAAUUCAAGAAACAGAAGAUGCUAUUGGAUACUGCUUAACCAUAGAACAUAGACAGAGGAUAUUUAAUAGACUCCAGGAAAUAUACACCUCUACCCCGAUAUAACACGACCCAAUAUAACAUGAAUUCAGAUAUAGCGCAGUAAAGCAGCGCUCUGGAGGGCAGGGCUGCGCACUCUGGUGGAUCGGCACGUCCGUGUGUCUGGCUCUGACCCGCAGCUCUGAGCAGCGUGUUAAGGGGGCCGAGCCGGGGCCGAGGGGUUGGAUAAGGGGCAGAGGGUCUCGGGGGGAGGUCAGGGGACAGGGAGAUGGGGCUUGGAUGGUUCGGAGGUUCUGGGGGCAGGGCGGUCAGGGGAUGGGGAAUGGGAGCGUUGGAUAGGGCAUGGAGUCCCGGGGGGCCUGUCAGGGGCAGAGGUGUGGAUGGGGGUGGGGCAGUCGGGACAGGGAGCAGGGGGGUUGGGUGAGGCUGGGGUCCUGGGGGUGAUUAGGGACGGGGGGGGUUUCUGGAGGGGGCGAUUGGGGACAAGGAGCAGGGGUCUUAGAUAGGGGUUGGGGUCUUGUGGGGGGGGGGGGGUCGUCUCUGGAGGGGUUAGUCAGGGGACAAGGAGCGGGGGGGUUGGAUGGGUCGGAGGUUCUGAGGGGCCAGUCAGGGGGUGGGAAGUGACUAUUAAUAACGGAAAUGCUCGAGGCCAAAGCAAGUUUGAUAUAAUGCAGUUUCGCCUAUAAUGCGGUAAGAUUUUUUGGCUUCUGAGGACCGCAUUAUAUCUGGGUAGAGAUGUACUACAAAAGGUUUGAUGUUUUCUAGCCCCCUAAAUUUGGUAGCCCUGCUACGCUACUGUUCCUAUAACAGGGAGCUAAGCAUAACUUUAAUACUGCUUCCAAAUUUAAUGUUCAGCCAAUAAAAUAUACCUAAUUAUGUCCAGUUUUGAUAUGGAAACAAAAAAUACCUUGAUCAACUUGAAGAAUAAGAGUGGUGUAAUUGUAUUGCUCUUAAAGCAGUUUGUGUCUCAACUGUUCAGGUAAAAUCCAGUCCAUAAAUGCCUUUUGUACACACUGUCCGUCGCUAGUACCGAUUGGAUGGUUUAGUGAGGUCCUCGGAUCGGCCCUGCUAGGGUUGGUCAUGGCCCUGGUGGAGUGGCGAGAAGAUGGUCAAACUUGACUAUCUAGGGGAAGUAAAAGUUGUAACAAGGUUUCCAUAGGUGAACUUAAUGAAGGGUCAUUAAUGGGGUGCGCGGGGAGCGACAGGACCGGGGUGGGCAACUGACCCUGGACUGGGGGGGGGUGGAACUCAAUGCAGGUGUGUGGCCGGGAUGGUGCACGAGGGGAGGGAAAAAGUCAGUGGCCCCAGUCAUGUCCACCUCCCAGUCAUGCUGGGAACAGAGUGAAACCCUGGAUCCCUGGGAGAGGGCAAGGCCACAGCAGCACUUUCUCAGUGGGCCUUCUGGGACGAUGCCCCCUGAGGUCACGCAGAGCUGGCUGGUGGGUGCCGGGCAGCACUCCGUGUGCUGUCCAUCGCUGCCUGCCUACCCCAUAGGUCGGAAGUGGCAAGGGAGAGCACCCCAGAGGGACUGGAGCAGUUUCCCUCAACCAGGAGCCAGGUACCUAGCGCGCUCUGUGAGCUUUGCGGCCCAGGGAAGGUGGUGGUUCAAAGACUUGUGUGGCACAUGCCACCCACCCCUAUCCCUCCCAGUCCACGGGAAGCCUAGGAGGGAGAAGGGCUACCCUGCUUCCCUCUCUGCUGUGUCUCUGUGUGCCUCCGUCUGCCAUAUGUAGGAGAAGAGUGGCUAUUAAGUUGGAAUUUUGCACUUUUGAAAAAGCAAGAAUCUGAAAUAUUUAUAGGGUUCAAAACCCAAUGAUUACAGUUCUGAUUUAAAGUUUGAAUUGGUAGUUGCUGCAGUUCAGUUGUCUUUUUCUCAACUUCUUUUUUUAUUUUUCCUGCUAAUUGUAUUAGUUAACAGUGCUCGGUCUCCUUCUCAAGAAUUCAGUUUUGCUUAUCAGGUUUUUUCUUUGUUACAUAACACCUUCGAUAAUGUAUGUAUUUAAAUAUUUUGAUCAAAAGCUGGAUUUCAGGAGAGCUGAAAACUACCAGUGCUGCUGUUCUUGUGUUUUCUAAAUAUAAAAUUCUUGCCUGGUACUUAUCAAAGCUAGUUGUGCAGUAGGUCCAGGUUCUUUCAGAACUCUGGAAAGCUCUGUUACCCUGAUCAGCAUAUGCAACAUGUAGUACAUAUACUGAUGUUGAGGGUGACAGUCUGAGCCUAGACUGUAUCAUGGGCAGGCAUCUGCCGGUUAUGCUUUAGUUUUCACUUUAACAGCUUGUGGCGGUUGACCUGCAAAGGACAGUGAAAAGUGGAAUUCUACAUCAGGUUCUUGGCCUUUUGAACCAACUCGUCAAGCUCUAAAGCUACAUCCAAGUACAUAUGUUCUUUACAGAAAACAAGUAUUAAUACCACCCUGUCUCAGCACCUCCACUUAACGGACAGUAUAAAACCAUAUAGAUGGAAACUGACAGUUAAGAUGUCUCCAGUUGAAGAAAAAUGUAUUCUUUAGUCUCAUUCUAAGUUUACAGUUUCAAUCGGAAGCUAUUUAUUCUUUUAAACUAGUAGUAAUCUUUCUUUAUUUGAAUGAAGUUGAAUAUUGCUCAAAAAGACAGUAAGAUAUACUGUCUUCCUGUAAAAUUAAAGGUCUACUUUAUUGUAGAGCUUGUCUGAUAAACUUGAAUAGCCAUAAAAUUGGCUAUACAAAAACUGUACACCAACCUUGUUUGGGGUUUUUUUAAUCCCUGUUGAGUAAGCAUGAAUUGGAUUGCCUUUUCCUGCAAAUUUUCUUAAAUUAGUGUGUCCUGGUGAAAUCCUCUUGAAUCUUUUUUGGCAUUUCAGCUUCUAGCAAUUUAAGAAAUGAUCUCAGGUCAAAUUUAAACCCAAAAUUGGGUUAUGUAAAAACUUACAAAACAUAAAGCUAGUAGAACUGCUUCCAUGAUUUAAAAAAAAAAUUCCAAUGGCAACAACUCUUAAAACACCAGUUUCCCUACAGUGCUUGCAAGCCAAACAGUGUGAUAGAGGAAGGAUGGUCUUGUGGUUAAAGCACACGAGAUCCCAUUCUUUUCUCAGCUCUGCCAGUCUCCCUCUAGGUUUGGACAAGUCACUUUUUUGCCUUGAUUUCUCUGUAAAAUUAAGAAUGCUCCCUUGCCUCAAAGGGUUGUUUGAGGUUUUAAUUCAUUAGUAUUUGUUAGUGUUGUGAGAUCAUGUGAAAGACAGCAUUAUAGGAAUAUAAAUAUUGACUCAAUGGGGAAAGAACUAGAAAGGAGCUCAAAAGUGAAGCUGACUAGUGGGUUUUCAUUGUCCCUAAUUAAGUAAAAUUAGACUAAAAUUCUAUCAGUUUUUAAUGUAAGGAAUCUGCUUAAUUUUCAACCUGACAGCAUCUCAAUCUUUUCCAUACAUCUUCAUCAUAGCAAUAAACAUAGUUUUCAUUGAGGUACAUAUCUGCAUAGGUAAGCACUUCGAACUAAAUUGCUGUCUCCUUCAAAGCAUCAGGUGCAAAAUGAAAAGAGGGGGAUUCUGGCACUAACCUCUCAGCCAUAGAAAUCCAAAAAUAAAAUCCCUAACCAAAAGCAAACCAAUUUUAGUAGUCUAUUCUCUUUCCUUUCUCUACAACAUAUCUUAAAAUAGUAAUGAAGGAUGUGGAAGGCUGUUUUUUGUAUGUAUAAGUGUUUCACUAAAGAACACCUGUUAAUUUUAAACUUUAAAUCAAAGCUGUAAUUAUCAGAUUUUAUUUUUAUAUAAUUUUAGAGAGGUGAAGUUAGAAGCCUGACAACCUUCUAAAUUGGAUUUAUACAGAUUUUAAUUGAUUUGAUUGUAUCCAAUUUGUUGGGUUUUUAUAUCUAAUGUUAUAUUUCUGUAUAUAAUAAAAUUAUUCAGAACUAAUGUGUAAAUUGAAAUAAAGAUAUUUGCAAGAUA